AGAAAUUUCAUCAAUUUUGCCAUUGCAAUUUCGUUCUGUUUUCGAGUAUCAGAAUCAUAUUCACAUUCACCCACUUGUAUCUGAAAACGACAGGAAAUUAAUAUUGACCCGAACAUAUUACGAAAUAACGAUCGAUACAUGGGUUAUCUAGAUUCGAUAAUAUCAUCCAUGGCCAACUCAAACGAGCCGAAUUUCGGUGUUUCAACGGUCACAGGAGGUGGUCAAAGUCAUGAUUCAAGACUUAGCUAUGGCUAUGCUAGCUCCCUUGGAAAAAGAUCCUCAAUGGAAGAUUUUUAUGAGACAAAAGUAGAUUGUGUAAAUGGAAAAAUAGUGGGUUUAUUUGGAGUGUUUGAUGGGCAUGGAGGUGCCCGUGUUGCGGAAUACGUUAAACGUAAUCUUUUUAAUAAUCUUGUUAAGCAUCCCAAGUUUAUAUCCGAUACAAAAUCAGCUAUAGCUGAAUCAUACAGUCAUACAGAUACAGAGUUGCUAAAAUUAGAAAGUAGUCAAACUAGAGAUGCAGGGUCAACAGCUUCUACUGCUAUAAUUGUUGAUAACCGUUUGUUAGUUGCAAAUGUUGGUGAUUCUAGAGCAGUGAUUUGUAGAAAUGGGAAGGCUUUUGCUGUAUCAAGAGACCAUAAACCGGACCAAAGUGACGAAAGACGACGUAUUGAAGACGCGGGCGGGUUUGUGAUGUGGGCUGGGACUUGGAGAGUUGGGGGUGUUUUAGCCGUGUCACGUGCUUUUGGGGAUAAAUUGUUGAAACAGUUUGUGGUGGCUGAUCCGGAAAUUCAAGAAGAAAAGAUUGACGCGUCUUUAGAGUUUCUUAUACUAGCGAGUGAUGGGCUUUGGGACGUUGUCACGAAUGAAGAAGCUGUUGCUAUGGUGAAACCGAUCCAAGGACCAGAAGACGCGGCUAAGUUGUUGAUGCGGGAAGCUUCUCAGAGAGGGAGCGCGGAUAACAUCACAGUAGUCGUCGUUCGUUUCGUUAAGGAGUUAAAGUAAUGAAUUGAACCAAAUAAUUCCAGGUAUUGUUUAAUUAGGUAAUGUAAUUCGAAAGUAUGUGUAUGAUAAUUUUCUAAAUUGUUUUGUUUUGUGAAAGUAUGUUAUAAAUUAUAAUAUGCAAACUUAAAGAAGAUCAAGCAAUAAUUCAUUCAUGUGCAA